GCAGCUGUCAAAAUUUGGCGCCAAAGUUUAUUAUUAAAGUGUAAAUAAAUUGUGUUUUGCUCUUUGGUGUUGAAGCUAAAUGCUUCAUUUGAAUACUUUUAUCUUUACAAUUCUUCCUUUCGAUUGCUCAUUUAACAAUAUCCUAAUCGUUUGCAAAACAUAUUUUUAUCAAGGGGCACCUUGGAAGUCCCAAAAUGAAUAUAAUUCAUGAACCUCUACGAUAUGCCCACGAAGAAGGACACACGGACGUUUGUUAUUCAGUCGAUGGACAGAAUUUUAUAACAUGUGGAUCAGACGGUGAUAUCCGAAUAUGGUCAGUAGACGAGGGCGAAGACCCACAUCAUACUUGCAUAGGAGAAUGGGCAUUGAGUGUUCGUCAAAAGGGUGAUAAGAUUUACGUAUCAACUGGUAGCAAUGAAAUUCAAAUAUUGAGCCUUCCUGAAGGAGAACGAGAUGGGGUACUUACUAGAGCUACAGAUCCUUUUAAUCAGAUUGCACUUUGUAAAAAUAAGAAUUUUGCAGCUUUGGCUGGUGAAGGAAUGGAAGUGAGCAUAAUGGAUUUAGAAACAAACACACUAAAAACAUCUUUCAAAGAGCUUGGAGGUCCUUGUUUGAGUGUGGCAAUAUGUCCAAAUGCUGUUAAAGUAGCCGCUUCUACAGGAGAUGGCAAAUUGCAUAUCUGGGACAUUGAAUCUAGCAUGUUACUUAAAGAACUGACAUGUUUUAGUAAAGUUAAUAGUUUUGCUAAUGCUAAAAAUCUUUGUCGUCUAGAAUUUGAUCCAAAAGAUGGUUCAACUUUAGCCUACCCAGAGAAAAACACUAUAAAACUAUUAAACACAAAAAAUUGGGCAGAAGAAACAUUAAAUUGUAACGAAAUCACUGCUGACUUUUCAAUUUUAAAUUACUCUUCUUGCGGAAAAUAUUUAGCAGCCGCUAGUGUAGAAGGGGAUUUUGUUAUUUGGGAAACUGGAAAUAAAAAUGUCUUUAAAGUAACUAAACAUGAAAGUUCUAAGGCUAUUUGUGGACUUAUGUGGAAUCCUACAGGAAAUGGAGAAAUUGUUUAUACGGAUAUAGAGGGUCAAUUGAGUAUUAUGUCACAUUGUGCAAGACUGCAGAGGGUAGAUGUAGAAAAAAAAGAUGCAAUCGUUGAUGAGCAUGGAUUUGAAGAAAAUGAAGUUGAUUUUGGUGAUAUGAUUGAGGAUAAUGAAAUUGAUUCAGUUGUGAGGGAUCUUGAUCGGCCUACUAGUGAGUUGGAGUUUAAAGGCUCAAGUAGCAAAAGUUCCUCAAGGGCCAGUAGCCCCUCAAGACCGCGCACACCUGAAAUUCCUCUACAAGCCUCAUUCAUGCCAACUUCUUCACCAGAUCACUUAGAUCCUAGAUAUCUUUGUUGGAACGAUAUUGGAAUAGUAAAAAGCUACGGCGGCAAUAACGCUGGGGAUGAUGUUGGUUCAAAAAGCAUUGAAGUUGAAUUCCACGAUACCAGUUUUCACAAUAGCAUGAUGUUGCAGAAUUUUCAAGAAUAUACUAUGGGGUCCAUUGGCAAAGGGGCCUUGGUGGUUGCCAAUUCAAGUCAAAUUAUGGUUAUACCUUUAGCAGUAGGCAACAAAGAAUGGUCCUUAAAAGUUGAAGAAUAUGAAGACAUUAUUUUAGUAGCAGCCUCAGAAAACUUGGUAUGUUUUGCAACCACUAACUACCUAGUAAGAGUUUGUUCAAUUUUUGGAACUCAAAGGGCGAUGGUAUCAGUUCCUGGCCCUUUAGUCUGUAUGUCUGCAUUUAAAAAUGUUUUAAUGGUUGCUUAUCAUGCUGGAGGAAUCAGAAAUGGGGAUCAGUGUAUUAAUGUGAAACUGUUCAAGUUUGAAGGAUUAAAUGUGGAAUGUCUGGAGUUGGGAUCUGCCUUAGGGCCGGAAUCAACUUUAUAUUGGUUAGGGUUUUCUGAUGUCGGCACACCUGGCAUGAUGGAUUCAUUGGGUAUGCUAAGUCUGUUCCCUCCUAAGUGUAAUACUUGGAUACCAUACUGUGAUACUACUAAACAUCGUAAAAAUCCAGGCGAUGCAUUUUUCGUAACAACAGUUUUUGAAUCCUAUCAAGCAAUAGGCGGUAUCCGCUGUAAAGGUACCAUUUAUCCAAGUUUCAUUCCACGCCCCACAGUUUGUGAACUACCAAUCAAUGCACCAUUUGCUGAAAGCAGUACUGACAAAACCCAAAUGGAAAUGGACAUGUUCAGUUGGUCCAAUUUGAAUAUUAUGGAUACUGAUAGGAAGUAUAAAGAAACUGCUUUGAAGAUAUUUGCUUUGGCAUGUAAAAAUGACUUGGACCAACGUGCGUUUGAGUUUAUGCAAAUUAUAAGCAACCAGCAAAUAUUAAAUUUAGGUCUCAAAUAUACAACAAAACUGAAUAAGAAACGUUUAGCGGACAAGUUAAUAGAGCUAGCUUCAAGAUUGCAAGAAGAUGGUCAAGAAGAGGAAGAACCUUCUAGGACGUUUCAUAGUGGUGCUGCUGCAACAGAAAUAUCUACUCCUGAAGUAGUAAUCAAACCGAAACCUAUGAAAUUCAGACUUUCAAAAUCAACUCAUAAAAUUAGCACACCCCUAAGGAAACAAGAGACUGAAACAACUGAGGAAACCACAAAUCAAAGCACCAAUGAAAAUAAUUUAUCUGCUAUUAAUACACAGGAAUCUCUGUUUUCCGAAGCUCAAUCUUUCACAGAAGAACCGAGCCAACCAAAGAACCCGUUCCUAAAAAAGCCAGAAAUCAAACCCAAUGAAGAUUUAAAUGCCACUCCUGAUACUACUCUGAGUUGGUUAUCUGGCAAUCCGUUUUUGAAAAAAGCCAAAAAGCCUAGCCAAGCUAGUCCAUUAAGUUUAACUGAUAAAUUUGCUGGUGUGGAUUACAACAAACCAGAAACCAAACAGCAAAAUGUUGUAGAGGCUGCCGAAAAGAGAAAACUUUCCCCUGCUGCUGAAAAACCAAUAGAAAAACAGCGGAAGCUGGAUAAAUUCAUGUUCUCAAAAAGAUAACCAGUUUUGUAUUUAUUAUUCAAUUAUUAAAAGCCUAUUGACUUAGGUAGGUAUUUAAUUAUUUUUGUUGUGUGUAAAACUUUUAAAGAAAACCAUUUAUAAAAAUUCAAAUUUUUAAAAAAUUUCUAAAAUGUGUGUAGAUCAUAACGAAACAUCAUCUAAUCAAUUAAUGAAAAGAAAAACAAUUAAAAUGACUCGCCCUUGUCGGCUA